UCCGGAUGUUCCUCAGUAGCGAAUAACGAGCAGCAGUGUGUGAAUGUGGCAACCGAGGUAGACAGGGAGGGGUAGGUAGACUGUCCAGAGCUGGGGUCUUUUUUUGGGGUCUUUUUUUUCUUUAUUUUUCUUAACUUACAGAGCAUAUUGUUUACGGUUUAUGUUACGCCACGGCUGUAAACUUGUUCGUAGAGCAGAAAAACCGGGCCGCCGCUGCUUUUCUUUGGGACUAACGGCUGUCGCUGUGAAAACAGCCCAGAAGAAAGAAGGAAAGGGAGAAACAACAUGGGGCGAUAAUAAAAAAAAAAAGAAGGUGUAGUGUUAUGAACCGACGAUGACUCCCUGGGGGGAUCCGUGAAGCUUAUUUAUUUUUAUUUAUUCCUCCUCUUCCUUUUCCCCUGUUUCUUUUUUUGUUUUAUUUUUACGUUUUCUCCUCCCUUGCUACUUUGGAGGGGGGAUUGUGUGUGUGGGGUUUUUUUGUUUUUGUUUUUGUUUUUGUUUUUUUAAAGAAAAGGCAACGGGAUACAUUACAAGAGGACUGAAGGAUGGACCAAGCCGGCAUCCUGAGAAAGUUUAUCCACGGGGUGAAGGCCAUGAGCGAGGGGGACGAGGAGAGGGGAGAGGACAACUUCGGCAACGACUUUAUGCGGUUACGGCGGUUAUCUACCAAAUACCGGACGGAGAAGAUCUACCCCACCAACGUAGGAGAGAGGGAGGAGAAUGUCAAGAAGAACAGAUAUAAAGAUAUACUGCCAUUUGAUCACAGUAGGGUGAAGCUGACGUUAAAAACAACCAAUCAGGACACAGAUUACAUCAAUGCCAACUUCAUCAAGGGUAUGGAUGGCCCAGAGGCCUAUAUUGCAACUCAGGGCCCACUGCCAAACACUGUCAUCGACUUCUGGAGGAUGAACUGGGAGUACAACGUAGCUGUUAUUGUAAUGGCUUGUCGAGAGUUUGAGAUGGGAAGGAAAAAGUGUGAGAGAUAUUUCCCGCAGCAGGGGGAGGAGCCCAUGAGUUUUGGUCCUUUCAGAAUCUCCUGUGAAUCAGAGCAGGCCAGAACAGACUACUUUAUCAGGACUUUGAUGGUGGAGUAUGAAAACGAAACCCGGAGGAUAACACAGUUCCAUUAUAUGAACUGGCCGGACCAUGACGUCCCCUCAUCGUUUGACUCCAUACUGGACAUGAUUGGACUAAUGAGAGAGUACCAAGAGAAUGAUGAUGUCCCUAUAUGUGUGCACUGCAGUGCAGGCUGUGGGAGGACGGGUGCAAUCUGUGCUAUCGACUACACGUGGAACCUCCUCAAAGCUGGGAAAAUACCAGAAGAUUUUAAUGUUUUUCGGUUAAUCCAAGAAAUGAGGACUCAGCGACACUCGGCCGUUCAAACCAAGGAGCAGUACGAGUUAGUUCAUAGAGCGAUUGCUCAGCUCUUUCAGAAACAACUGCAGCUACUGGAGAGCCCCACCAACACGCAGAUACACGAUGGCAUGGAGGAGAGCAGUCCAGACAAAGCCAGCCACCAGUCAGAUGAUGAGAGAUGGGACACGCCGCCUCCCAAACCUCCCCGCAUCCGCAGUUCCCAGGCAGAAGGUGACGUUAAGGAGGAGAUUCUCCAGCCCCCGGAGCCUCACCCCGUUCCCCCCAUCCUGACCCCGUCUCCCCCCUCGGCCUUCCCCACCGUCACCAACGUACGUCAGGACAACGACCGCUACCACCCCAAACCUCUCAUACACGUCCUGGCUACCACACAGCACAAUGUGACACAGAAUAAAGACGUGGACCAGCAGCAGAACCAGUCAGAACCCAGUUCAAACAAACAGACCAGUCCCUCAGAGCAGAAAGACCAAGAUCUACAAAGUCAAAAACAGCAGACCCAGGUCUCGAAUCUGGAUCUCAAUGACAACUACAACAACAAAUUGUCUUCAGCGUCAACAAAAUCAGAAUCGGGCCAAAGUCAGACUCAGACUCCCCCCUCGCCCCUCUCCCCAGUCGUUGAAUGUUCUGGGGCUCCUCGGAUCGAGAGGAAGCUCAGCAUUGAGAUUAAAAAGGUGCCGUUGCAGGAAGGACCUCGUAGCUUUGACACUUCCUCCUCGAUGGGAGUAGCGGGCGGGCUCGGCGGUGGUUCGACCAACAGCGUGAGUAUGCUACAAAGAGGCCACGCCUUCAAAGCCCGCUCUGGCCAAUCCCUGCUGACGUCUAGCUCCUCGCUGUCGGAGGACUCGGGCACGGAGGGUGGAGCGGGCGGGGAGAGUCACAAGGACGGAGGCGUCCUGGCCAGACCGAACCACCUCCCCGUGAAGAGCGGGGAGAAGGGGGAGGCGCAGGGAGGGGAGAGAGCAGAGGCGAAGGCCGGCCACGCGGCGUGGGCUCAACCCUGCAACAGCCCCGAAAAACAGCUCCCAAAGACCUCCUCCUCUUCCUCCUCCUCAGACCGUGUCGCCCCAUCCUCCUCCUCCUCCUCCCACCUCUCCUCCUCCUCCUCCUCCUCCUCCUCCACUCCUGUUAGGACUGCCCUGAGUUUCACCAACCCCCUGCACUCCGAUAACUCGGACGAGGAGGGGGACAGAGAGAUGUCCGGAGGAAAGGAGGGCUGUCGCGCUAAUGUAUCCAUGGCGACGGCUGUGGUAACUGCAUCCCCUCACCAUGGAGACCAGCUGCCAGCCAGGAGGGUGUUGCCAAUGUCGAUCGCAGGGCAAAGCUCUCCCUCACCCACUGCAACCACAGCAAACUGCUGGGACAGCGAUGACUCCCCUCCCCCCCUCCCCGCGAGAACCCCUGAGUCCUUCAUACUGGCCACAGACCCUCUGGAGGUGAGAACGUCGGCCUCUGCCGAAUGGACCGGUUUGCACAAAGAUGUGUCAGACUGCGUUAAGAAGACGUCUCCAGCUGACCCUGCAUCUGCUGGCACCACAGCAACAGACAGCAAGGCAGACUUGGGUGGGGUUCGGUAACCGCUGCAUCCAGCCCAAAGGCCCUCGAGAACCCCCCCUGGAGUGGACAUGACGGACGAUGAUCCAUCCGCCAAACGGUGCCCUCGCCUGUCAGGAGACGGACUCUGCCGAUCUCACCUGGCUGGUCCAAAAAAAAAAAAAAAAAAAACCCAAGUUGAUAGAUGCUACACAGACAGACAGCACAUUGUUACAUAGAAGCACCUUCUGUUUAACUCUGUGCCAGCAGCUUGUCAAGACUGAGCUCCUCCUCCUCCUCCUACCCUCCUCCUCCUCAGUCCCUCCCUCAAAGUGCCACUGUGCAAAGCAGAAGAACACUUACUGGUCAAGUGGCUUGUCCAUUUUAGAACAAAGCCCACAUUUUCCUGUUCAGCUUGCUGAUGUUAGAGGUUUUGACUUCUCUAGACGCUGACCUGGGAUCAGUCUGGUUAUUUCCCUGUUAACAGUUAAAGGAUAAUUCCUGUUUUUGUCCCUGUUUUGUUUGGUGACUUGAGAGUAGAUUAAGAACUGGUCUUGUUUUUUCUCUCUGAGCUGUAGACACAUCAUGAAGAUUUGUCCAUUCUUAGGCUAAAUGAAGAGGAAUGUAGGUGUAAACUUUUACGUGUUAAAUAAAAAGUGUUCUUCUUAAAGUUAAAAGGAAGAAUACUUUGUUUCAUACCAAAUGAGAAAAGUAACUUUUGCUUUGUCCUAAAUCAGGAAUUAUCUUUAAUCAGAAAAGCUACUGUGGGAAGCUGAUUCCUGAGGUUUAACUGAACUCCCAGAAGGUGUCUGCUUCCUCCUACUGAAUGAACAACAAUCUUCAAAGCGAACCUAGAUAAUCUGUUACCCAUGAUGCAACCUUUUCUGUUGGGUAUGUACAGGUUGCCAGGGUGCUCUCUCUCUCUCUCUCUCUCUCUCUCUCUCCCUCUCUCCCUCUCUCCCUCCCUCUUUCUGUGUGCUGGUGCUACAUUACAAAGGGUCAGCGUAGAAACAAGAAAGACUAGAGCUGACCAACGUUCACCUGUCUCUGACCUCUGUCCCGUAGGAUCUGUUACUGUGUCAGCUCUAGUACUUCAUAUUUCUAUGCUGACCUCCCUGUUUGCCAGAGUAAUAAGGCUGACAGGGUUUGGUCAUCGCAGUUGUGGCUGUUUUUGCCUGAUAACUUGAUACGACUCGUGUUUGUUUGGUAAAUAUUGAGCUGGGACCAGAAGCUGGUUAGCUUAGCUUAGCAUUGGUUCUGUGGCAUUGGACAUUGAUAAUCAUGUUGACAUCUUCUUGUGGAAUGAGAAUACAAAGCUCAAAGCAGAGAAGAAUGAAAACUAAGGAGUUGAGGAAAAGGUCAAACCGUAUGCUGAUGAUACCCUAUUAUCAGUUGUAAUUGGAUUUAAAUGAUUGAUUAAAGGAUUUAAGCAAAACCACAGUAACGGAUCAUUGGAAGUGGUUCCCAGUCUCUUUUGGCUUGUGAUCCUUCAAAACCCUUCUCAAUUUAAAUAGUUUUUAGAGGCCCAAAGAGGUAAAACUAUCCAGUAUAUCACAAUAAAAAGAGAAGGUGGAAAUCUUACCAUCUUAACCUCCAGUGAUCCUUUUAGGGAAGAGCUAGCUUGAGAAACUGUGUACCCAGAAAAGCUGACAGCCCUGUUUCUGGCCACGGCAGUGUUAAAUAACCUUAAAACACAUCAGUGAUGGCCAAACUCGUCGUCAGCCCUGUGACUCUGGCUCUCACUGCUGGGACCAUGAGCCUGCCUUAGUCUGCCUCUCAGAGAAGACAGCCAAUGACAGUCCUCCUUAAUUUGGCUUUUCUCUUCAGUUCAUUUCUCUCUUCGUGUUUUUGGCUUGUCUUGGUUUUUACUUGGGACUCAUAUUUUCAUUUUCUUCCUGUUUUUUUGUCGGCGAGGCCCUCAGAUGAACAACCAACGCAGCUAUUUUUUUCCCAGUAGCAGCCAGUUUACUCACGAUAAACCUCAGUGUUUGGAAGUAUGAAUGUCGCACAUCAGCUGAAACUCUUAGGGAUCUCGACAGAUUGAUAACGUGUUUGGUUUCUCACCUGACGGCCAAAUCAAAUCGUACUUCACCUGCUUCUGUAUGUGCAAGACAAUGAUCCAAUAAGACUACAGCAGCUAGGGACCCAGGACUACUGUUUUCUCCUGAUUUGUAUUGUUCUCUGCUAACUCCUCCUUCAUUAGCUACCAUAACUAUACAGUAUAUGCAUUUUUUUAUAAAGAUAAAGAACUGUACAGUGCAGUUUAGGUAUAUAAUAUUUCAGAUUUUGUUUUGCUAUCUCUUAUUAACAGAAGAUGUAAGAAAGUCAGUGCAUGAUGAUGAUGAUGAUGAUGAUGAUUAUGAUUAUGAUUCCUCCCCCUACACAAUGUUUCCCUUCAAACUGUAAAUUAUUCUGCUGCCCUUUUGUUUUUGCUUCUGGCAAAUAUUUCAGGGUUGUUUUAUCGUUUACUUUUAUGUUCGAAUUAUAUGCUUAAAAAGAUUUUUGUUUUAAUUGGUUGGCAGAGGAAAAGCGUAGACUGCCUGCUGCCCCUCCCCCCUUCAGAUAGCUACAAUGGGCUCCUAAUAAGAUUGUAAUAAUAAUAUUAAUGAUGAUGAUAAUAAUAAUAAUAAUGGUCGUUUUUUGUAAAUGGUAUUUUAAAGUUAUUUUUGUAUACGCGGUUGUUUGUUGCGUCACAAGUCCACUGCUCCCCACCCAAAACCCCCACUUACUUCUCCCCUCUUUUCUCAUCUACUCUCUCCGCCUCUCCUGUCUUUUUUACUUUUCACACUUUUCGAUUUAUCUUUCCCGUCUCCCAGCUUGCUCUUUUUAAACUAAAACAUGCAACAGAGAUGGAUCUCCCGCUCUGGACACAGAGCGUCUCAUUAUUUUCCCCCCUUCUCUCGUUUCUCACUUCCCCCCUGCUGUUUCCUCUCUUUCAUCUCCCUCCACUUCCUCCCUCACUUAUGCCUUUCAAAUUUUUGAAAGCCUUUCAGAUUUUUGAAAGGCACAAGUCAUUUUCAACACGACCGUUCACUUUUGUGAUGCGUCUCUUAACUUGUCGUUGGUUCAAAGUGACAAAAAAAUGCCCUUAAACGGACUAAUAGACAUGUUGAGAAGAGGCAUUCCUAUUAAACUUUAUUCAUCAUCUGCUUUGCCCCCUCCAGUUUCUUUUCUGUUUAACCACCCCACAACCCUCACCCCAGUCACCCGCACACUAGCCUCAAUUCUCAGAAAAGAGCCCACCUGUGCCUUUAAGAGAGAGCCCGCCCUCCCCUCCCAUCGUCCCGUCUCCUCCAAUCGUCAUUAGCGGCGUGAGCGUUGAGUGAUGUGAUUCGCUGCUGCUUGCUCAUUGCCUCCUGUGGGACUCUCAUUCAGCCACGCCCUCGUCCCCCUUACUCAUGACACACACACAUACACACAUAAAAACACACAAACACACACGUACACCCAAUAUGUUUGUAUGUUGCAGAAAUCAAUCAGUAAAAAUGAACGUUAAGUAAA